CGCACCGCUCUGCUCCUCCGACUUUUUCUCGUGCCGACAGCGAGGAUGAAGAAGCAAAACAUCCGGACCCUGUCGCUCAUCCUCUGCAUGUUCUCCUACCUUCUGGUCGGCGCCGCGGUGUUUGACGCGCUGGAGUCCGAGUCGGAGAACUCCCGCAGGCGCAUCCUGGAGCAGAAGCGCAACGAGAUGAAGAAGAAGUACCGCUUCUCCGAGGAUGACUACCGCGAGAUCGAGCGAGUGGUGCUGCAGGCUGAGCCCCAUCGUGCGGGGAGACAGUGGAAAUUUGCUGGCUCUUUUUACUUUGCCAUAACAGUCAUCACCACCAUUGGGUAUGGACAUGCAGCACCAGGCACAGAUGCAGGAAAAGUCUUCUGCAUGUUCUACGCUGUGCUGGGCAUCCCUCUCACUCUGGUCAUGUUCCAAAGCCUGGGAGAAAGGAUGAACACAUUUGUCCGCUAUCUUCUCCAUAAGAUGAAGCAGUGCUUGGGCUGCAGACGCACAGAGGUGUCCAUGGAGAACAUGGUCCUGGUGGGCUUCCUGUCCUGCAUUGGAACUCUAUGUGUCGGAGCUGCAGCCUUCUCCCACUUCGAGGGAUGGAGCUUCUUCCACGCUUACUACUACUGCUUCAUCACACUCACCACCAUUGGCUUCGGGGACUUUGUGGCCCUGCAGAAGAAGGAGGACCUCCAGGAGAAGACGCCGUACGUUGCUUUCAGCUUCAUGUACAUCCUGGUGGGGCUGACUGUCAUCGGGGCCUUCCUGAACCUGGUGGUGCUCCGCUUUCUCACCAUGAACACAGAGGACGAGAGGAGAGACGCUCAGGAGAGGGCGUCACUGAAGAGGGACAGAAGCCUCUUGGACAGGGGUCUACAUGUUGUAGGGGAGCAGAACAGAGACAGGGAGAGGAACAGGACCAAUGCGGUGCACAGCCGUAGCCACAGCACGCUCUUCCUCCCAAUGGAGGAGGGAACCAGCCGCACAAACCUCAUCUCUUCCCCGGCAGAGGACCAGCAGAGGCAGAGAAGCCCCUGCAGACACAGGCUGCAUUUUCAGAUCAAGACGGGCAGACACAGGAGAGAAUCCAGCCUCAGCUCCCUCUGCUCGUGUGUGUGCUACCGUCUGGGGAUGUGUGACAGUCCUCUUGUGUCCCACAGUGAACACCACCACGGUUGUCAUAUUAACUCUGUGUACUAUAACUCAGUGUCCUAUAGGAUCCAGGGCUGCUCACCAGGAUCCAGGGACAACACGGGACUGUCUUCCCCUGGAAGUACACUCUCACCUGGACAUAGCUUCCUGGAAUUCCCUCGUUCAAGGAGAAAGUCAGUGUAA